CAAACAAAAUUAGACAGUAGAAGUUAGUAUAUACGUACUAAGAUAAUGUAUUUUGGUACGUAACAUGUAUUUUUAAUUUAACCAAGUAUCCAAUAUAGUUUAUUAUAAAUAUAUGAACAUUCAGUGCUUUAUCAUGAUUUUAAUUGUGGAUAGACCUCCUGCCUCCAUAGACUUACAUGCAUUAGGAGGCUCGCCUUCACUGUAUUAAUUUGGCGGUCGUGCAAUGCUGCAAUUAAGGGGCGACUUAGGUAUCUACGUGUAUGUAUUUUUGGCUCAGCCAAACACGAGACUGGUGGGCAGCAUGAGACAACAGGAGGCGUUAGGUUUAGCAAAAACCCCUCCUUCAUUGCUAGAGUUUUGACAAAUAUAAAUGUUUAGUCAGCAUGCAGGAGGAGGAAAUAGCAAUCUAAUAGUGUGCGUCUUCACUUUGCAUUAACAUCCAGUUUAAAAAUGUUCAUUGUGUUAGUGGCAUACUUUCUCCUGUUAGUGGCUGAUGCAACAGUUGUGCUUGAUGUCAACACUACUGUUGGUGAAUCAACAGUACUCCCAUGUUUCCUAAAGACCCCAACUCUCACUGACUUAAAGAAUCUACGCUUUUACUGGCAAGAUGAAGGAAAGUGUGUUUUGUACUCAUUCAAUGAAGGAAAGGAGAUGCCAGAGCAUGUAAAUGAACUUUAUCGAGACAGGAUCACAGCCUUCCAACAGGACAUGAUUAGAGGAAAUAUUUCAGUCAAAGUUAAAAACAUAACACUUAAAGAUAACCAAAAGGUUUUCCACAUUUUUGCAGCAGUUUUUGAUUCAGAAGGGAUAAGAAGAUACAUUCUUGAACACAGGAAAAUCUGCCAGAUUACUCUACAUGUUGCAGUUCCUUACAAGAAUGUCAGCCUUACUGUAAACAAAGAAACAAUGACUGCAGUCUGCACUACACAAAGAGGAUUCCCUGAGCCUUUGGUAAAGUGGAGACUCUCAGACAAAUCCCAACACCUUUUAGACCUGAGGGAUGUACACACUACAGCGGUGCAGGACCCCAAAGAUCAGCUCUACAGUUUUUGCAGCACUAUAGAUAUCCAUGGAGGUCGAUCUGUGACCUGCUUGAUCCACAACCCUACCCUAAAUGUGACUUUGAUCGCCACCCACGUUUUAAACAAAGGUGAGGCAGAGAGGAGCCUCCCUGGCUGGGCUUUUGGUCUGGUAGUGGCUGCUGCCGUUCUGAAAGCUUGAGCUGGGGUUCAUAGCACAUCAAAAAGUCACUCUGUAGAUCAGAUGUCCCACCUGGUGCCCAGAGAGCUGCAGAGACCUGGGAGUCCUCAUUGUGCUGAUGGGGUGGACAGAUGUGGAAAGGCCUUCUCUCCUUCCGUUUACUGUUUAAGUAAUUAUGCAGUGUAUUUCUGUGUGUGCAGGAGUAUUUUUACUUUCUACCUUAUACUUUAAGAUAAAUAAGGAGCCAUACACACAGUACCCAUAUACUAUAUAACAGAGCCUGAAGUUUCUGCAGAGUGCCUUGUUUGCUGCUCUGAUUUAAGGUCUCAGACCUGAUUGAAUGCACAUGUAGGAAAUAGGUGAGUCUAUACAAUGUAAGCGACACAAGACCUUCUAAGAGGUUGCAGUAAAUUACACCACCUGUAGGGCUUAUUAUUAUUCAGUGUGCAGAUAAUUCUUUGUUUUUCACAACAGAUGAACUUCUCAGUCAAUGUCACAUUUGUCUCUUAAAGAAAUGUCAAAAUAAAACAGUAUAUAACAUCAA